AAAUCUGUCAAACUCCUUUCUCACGCCGCUGCGCUUCGUUGAGGUUAUGUUUUGAUACGUAAAUCGCGGAAAAUUGCUGGUUACUGGUAAUAUUCAGUAUUCUGGCUAUAUCAUACGACACAGGUCAGAUGUCACAAUAGCCAUUGAUAGUUGAUGGAGCCUGCUUAUGUCAUGGAUUGAUAACUGGCCGAGUGAUUAGCGUAGCGGGUGUGUGUCUCGUCGAGGUCGUUUUUUGUAUAGAUGCAAUUGGAUUGCGUCGUAAGAGGCCUCGCACGUGCGUGGCUGGUGGCAGGGGUCAGUCUACGACGCGGUUUCUUGGAGAACAGAAUAGCAAGAAUGUCUUCCUCGAGUUCUAGUUAUGAGGAUGCAGUGCGUAAACUAAAUUCUCUUCAGUCUAACAAAUCAACGCUGGAUCAGAUUAGAAAAAACAUCAGGUCAGGAUCAGAAAGAUGUACAAAUCUACAAGACAUGGAGAACUAUUUGUUAAGAUCUGGAGUGACAAUGUCCAAACUAGAUGAACUGUCUGUGAUACAUGUUGCUGGCACUAAGGGAAAAGGUUCAACAAGCGCGAUGUGCGAGUCGGUGUUGCGCGCGCACGGGUUCCGCACGGGGCUGUUCACGUCGCCGCACCUGGUGGCCGUGCGCGAGCGCAUCCGCUUCCACGGCGCGCUCAUCACCAGGGAACAGUUCGCGCGCCACUUCCAUCACGUUUACGAUCUGCUGUACAGCUCACAGGCGUACGAGGGUGAUAUGCCGAAGUACUUCGCGUUUCUUACGGUGCUGGCGUUCAAUAUAUUCCUCAAGGAGAAGGUGGACGUGGCGGUAGUCGAGGUCGGCAUCGGCGGAAUUGUCGACUAUACUAAUGUUUUGAGGAAAGUACCAGUGGUAGGAAUAUCAGCUCUCGGAUUAGACCACACGUCGAUAUUAGGCAGUACCAUAGAACAGAUAGCAGCAGCCAAAGCUGGCAUUAUGAAGCGAGGUUGUGAGGCGUACACUGUGACGCAACCUCGCGCCGCUCUGCCGGUGUUGAAGACCGUUGCUGAGGAAGUCCAGUGCACACUAACGACAGUUCCUGAAUAUGAUUCCUACACAUUCCCUAAAGACUGCCAAAACGUCUUGCCAGUAGAUUUAGAUGCUUACAGAACCAACGCUUCUCUUGCCAUCCAGUUGGCUCAUUCUUGGAUGAGGCUGGCCAAACUACAAGUAUUAAACCAAAGACAUCUAAGAAAACAGGCCAUCAGUGGAAAGGUUAUACGACAAAAUGGUUUCACAGAAAUCGACCCCCCUUUUGUAGACAGCGAUAAGCAAAUAGACGAAAUAAUUACAAUUCUGCCGAGAGAAACGGUUAUAGGUUUAAGAGAAUGCCGAUGGCCAGGGAGAUACCAAAUGAUUCGGUCGGAUUACGCCACGUUCUACCUGGACGGAGCACACACAAAAGAGUCUAUGGAGAUUUGCGCGAAUUGGUUCCUGGAUAAUAACAGUAUUGAAGAUAAAAUUUUGAUAUUCAGUGCAACUGGUGAUCGAGAUGCUGAAGUUCUUCUAAAACCCUUGACGAACAUAACAUUUGAAAAAGUAUACUUUGUUAUUCCUACUGCGUAUAAAACUGUGAGUCAAACAAAUGACAAUUAUUCGUUAGUUGCGGAACAAGAAGAUUUAAUAAAACGAUGUCAGAAGCAUUUCGAAAUUUGGAAAAAAUACCAAAUUAUCUCUCAUACUAAGUUAGCAGUAAAAGAAUGUGUAUCUGAUGCUUUAAUUGAUAUAAAAUGCAACAAUAAUAACAACAUUAAUAAGACGUCUGUUUUAGUAUCUGGAUCACUGCACUUAGUGGGUGCAGCUCUCUCUAUAUUAGAUCCAAACUUAAGUAAAGAUUAGUAAUAAUAAUGCAAUUUUAAUAUGUAUUUAGGUACUUAUUAAAUUAAAAAGUCUUCGUGACACUAUGUGAUAUUUUUAAGUAACUGUAUAUGUACCGAGUGGAAAACCAUAACCUGUGGUCGCGAUCCUCAGCACGGGAACGACGAAGAAGAAGAUAUGACUACGUAAUUUGUGCGCUCUAUUUUUUGUUAAAUACUUAUAUAAUUGUUAAUGAUUUCAAAAAAGGAAUAAAAAUCUAAAAUAUUUUUUAUAAAUUA